AUGCAAGGAGAAAGCUACCAAGAAAAAAUUAAGGGAUGUUCUGACAGACAAUAUUUGGCAUUUCCUCUCCGGCCUUACCUGUGCUAUGUCCCAGGUGAACUCCAGGAGGAGUUGACUUACCUGAAGUCAAAGGUGUUCCCCCAUCUGGACUCACUUUGCCAGGCCAGAGGCACUUGUUUCCUGCCUGUGGAUUUACAGCGAAACAAAGGAGAUAUUGAUGAAGAAACUGUCAGUGGUGAACAUAGCAGCAAUGGUCUGAUGGAUCACAAUGUCCAAACAACCCAUAAACCCCCUGAUCUCUGCGUCCAGCAGUUAAAAAUCAGCAUGGAUCUCAUUGACCGCACACCCUUUUUCAUCUGUCUACUUGGACACCGCUAUGGUCAUUGUUUGUCAGGGGAGAAUGGGUCCCAAUCUGAAUGUUCUUUGGUGGCCAGGAACUUGCACGUUGCUGCAAAGGCUGGCUAUCCUUGGGUCAUGGAAGAUGAGCAUCGGACCUGUAGCCUGACAGAGCUUGAGAUCACCAAGGCGACCUUUAUUGACAAUCACAGAAUCUGCUUCUUUUAUUUUAAAGACUACACACCCCAAAGCAUUGAAGAUGUCAACAGUGAUGAGAUGCUCACCUUCUUGAAUAUGUUGUCUACUCAAACCCUUAGUGAGAAACUGCGCAUGAGAGAUCUUAAAAAGAGGAUCAUAGACCAUUGUCUUCCUGUCAGAUUCUUCAGAAAUCUGCAUGAACUUGGGGAGUUGAUGAGGAAGGACUGGGAAGGGGUCAUUGGUCAGUUUUAUGGGAAUCUAGAACAUCCAAUCUCAGGAUGCCAGGAUUCAUUUGAUCUGCAGUAUCAUGAGAGCCAUACCCGUGCAUUGUGCAAGUGGUUUGUGCCUUCAGCACAAGCGACUGGAAUACUGAAUAUAUUAAACAAAUUUGUGAAUCCUAUAAAGUGUAAUACAAAAUCUGAGACACACCCAAGAAAUUCAGGAGCUCAUUUCAGAUGUGAUCAUGACAUCAAAGAAUCAGAGAAGUCUAUUUUAACAGUAUGUGGUGGAAGGGGUUGUGGCAAGUCAACUUUGGCAGCGUGGUGGCUACAGGCCUUCUGCAGACAGAAUCCUGAUGUUCCAGUCAUCUCUCACUUCUGUGGGACAAGCACAUCCAGCACUGAUGUCAGGUCUAUGCUUAGACAGUGUACUGCUGAACUUCAGAGAGUGCAUUAUGGCAACUUUCCAGAUUGGGAUGACAGUUUGGAAGAAGCUGUUAGUCUUCUGCCUCUCCAUCGGGUGGUGCAAGCAUUUAAUGCAGCAGCCAAUCUUGGGCCUUGUAUUCUUCUUCUAGAUGGUAUCGACCUUCUGGUGGAAACACUAGGACUGUCAAUGCAAGAGGUGAAGGAACUAAGAUGGUUGCCGGAUACUCUACCUCCCAGUUGUAAAAUUAUCAUUACAACAACCUUUACAGAUCUCACCUGUAAAAGUCUCACCGACAGGGCUGAUGUCCAGAUUCUCAGCUGUCCCGUUCUAUCCAAUUCCAAAGUUUAGUGCAGCAUUUUGCUUAAACAUCUGUCUUUGCCUUGCAAGGUACUACCAACUAAUGUUCUGAAAAGAAUUGCCAGCAAGAAGUUAUGUCACCUGCCGGCUGUUCUAGCACUCCUUGGUACAGAAUUACGGACGUGUGGGACACAGAGGGAGAAAGAAGAGGAGAUAGAGCUGUUGAAAGCGUACAUAGAGGGGGACUCUGUUCCAGAGCUUUGGGUGAAGGUUAUUUAUCGCUGGGUGAAAGAUUACAGUAGAACUGCUCAAACCAAAGCUAGUUAUCCAAGUAAAGUCACUGGGGCUCAACCAAACACUGUAUAUUCUGUGGAAGAUCUAUCAGGUUGGGUAUGGGACACACUCUGCUUGAUUCACGUGUCUAGAGCUGGGCUAACUGAAGCUCAGCUUCUAGCUUUGUUGGAGGAUCUUGGCUACUGUGGGAAUUUAAGUAUUAAGGUGUUGGAGUGGGCCCGACUGCACUCUGUAUUUUGGCCUUGGGUUCAAGAGAAAGCCAAUGGUCAACUGACCAUCAUGCAUCAGUCUCUCAGCCAGGCUAUGAACCUGUUGUUGUUUGGUAUGGAGGGCCAGGUUAAGAGUCAGAAUUACUUCCACCAGAUCCUUGCUGAAUUUUUUCAAAAGUCCAGUGUAGAGCUUUGUAGCUGGGCAAGAAAGAUCGAAGAAGUUCCUUGGCACCUGAAGCAAACAGGCUCAUACAGAGAACUGCACAAUUUUCUCAGCAAACCAGAUACCAUUGAGUUUCUAUCGAGCAGCAUUAAGCAAUACCCACAGCAGACAAUUGAUGUUAUACAAUAUUGGGCACAAUUGAAGGAAAUGGAUUUUGACCCUGCCACUUCAUUCCAGAAUCUGAUGGAACAGUCUUUUCAUAGAAUGGAGUAUGCUCACCCUCCGGAUCACAGCAGUGCAUGCAGAGUAGCAUUGUUCUGCUCAAGAGCACUGCUAUGUUUGGGUGAAACCUUGCACGCUGAGAAGCUGUUACUAUGUGUUGAUCAACUUUUCCAAAAGCAUGAAGAGUUGGAUGAUGGCAGUUUGAGGUUACUGCUCAAAGUGCAGCAUAUGCUGGCAAAGCUUUAUGUCCAAAUCCUUCUGCUGAAAGAGGCAGAUACAUAUUGCCACAAGGGACUUAAGACAGCCCAGUCCCUUUCAGCAGCCCACCUUGACAGCGCAGAGGUCAAACUGAUAGUUGGACAGCUGCUUUGUUGUCUGUGCCUGAUAUUGCUGGAGGAUGGCCGGCUUUAUGAAGUGCCAGGUCUUUUCAAAGUGAUCAGCUCUGCUAGAUUGACGUCUGCCCAUCCAUGUGCUGAAGGCACCGACUUGCUACUGAAAGCCAUUCACAAAAUGAGUCUUAAUGAGCCUAUAGCUGCUGAGAGGUGUCUCCAAAGUGCCCUAGCCAGCAGAAGGCGCUGGUGUGGUCCUGAUCAUGCUCUGGUGGCAGAAGUGGAGGAACAACUCGCAGAUCUCUGGGCCAGCACACAAAAGGACACAGUUUGGGCACAGAGGAAAAUUGUUGAACUGUACCGCCAUGUCAUAAGCACCAAAGAGACUGAAGCUCGGCAGCUGCAACUUGCCUCCCUGCAACACAGUCUUACUGUCACUCUGGUGAAACUUGGUAAAGUACUGUUGCGUAGCAGCAGUAAAGCAGAUAGGAGAGGGGGGCUGGAUCUACUGCAGAGAGCUGCAGACCUUCGGGUUUGCUUCCUGGGCCCCGAACACCCACUCACAAGAGACUGGAAACAUGUUUCUUACUCAGAUAUUGCAGGAACAGGACACAAGUCAGGAAACAUGAAACGUUCACUAGACAGACUAUGUCCCUUCAAGGAAUCACAAAGGGUGCUACAACAGUUAACCUCAAAGCCAUGUGUCACAAGACCACCCAACAGAUUCCCUGAAAGUUCUUUUUCACAAAGAGCCUCACCAGAGAAUCUAUCUUGUGGUCACGAUGAAACCCUAAAAAGACCAUGGACAGCAUUCCAGGUCUCUGUUUUUGGGUCACAGAGUGACAUCAGGACUCUAUUGCCAACUAGAAAGGUUUAA